GCACUCAAAAUCUUGUUGUAGAGCUACCGGAGGUGAAGCACAUAAGAACGCGUGGAUGCCACACCGCUCAGGGUGUCAGGCUCUCUUCUACUCGUAGUCACGAUGAGUGUAUCAUUAUUAUAACAUUCUUUGAAGAUAUGAAUCAUACUUAGCCUGUGGGGCUUGGCCUUCGAGGAAUGUCUGACAGGGUUCUUCCAGAAGGCGAUGGGGCGCGCGCAAAUGGCACCGUAUCUGGUGAGGCUGACCUAGCACAAGUGUUGCUACCGCCCAUUGGGCAGCGGAGCCGAAGAGGAUUGGACAUGGUGCCCGUGGAGCCGAAACAGGAGGACAAGUUUGCGAAGGCAAUGGACAAGGUGUUAGCAGAGCGCAGUGGGGCACAGGCGGAAGUUGCGCCCAAUCACAUCAUUGCACGCGGGGAAAACCAAAUGAUGAGCAAACACGGCAUCAGCAAGGUGGGGCAGGGGGUGGUGGACAAGUUCAAUGCGGCGCGGCACAACACCGCCAUCAAGUCGGCGAUGGGGCAUCCUGGGCUGAAUAAGCUCGUGGCGCGUGAGGAAGAGGAGAAGCGGCGGCGGAAGGCGCGGCUUAAGGAGCUGAAACAACAGCAGUUUGCCAGCAUUAACGGCCGUCAGGGAGCGCUGAAAGGGAUUCGAGCAGGCGAGGUAACGGGCGGCCCGCUGGCACACGCGGCCUCUGGGGGCGUGGAGGGCGAGCUGCCCAACGUGUACGCGGCACUGGGGCAACCGGUGCCGGCCAGCCGGGCGCAGAGCAUGAUGGUGCCGCAGGCGCACGCUGCUAUGGUGGCGGCGCAGCUCCAGGCCUCGCUCGCAGAUGCAGCCGGUGCACGAAAAGGUGCCCUGCCAGCCGUUCGAUCAUCUGCACCGAGUGCGGUGUAUGCCGCGUCAAAGGGAUGCAGCUCGGACGGUGCUAGCCCGGGUAGACGGCAACCCCAGCAGCAACAGCGCUGGAGGCGGCGCGGCCAAGGGCGAGAGGGCAACGCCGAACCUGAAGUGCGCGCCAGCAGCCGGGUCGGCAAGGUACUGGCGGAAUUCAGCGGCCAGACCGACUGGUGUGCCGUGACCGUCAUGCGACACAGUCUGGCCACCAUUCUGCAGGCAAACGUGCGCGGCUGGCUGGUUCGGCGGCGGUGGCUGGCCAGUCCGCACGCGCUGGUGGAGGCGACCAAGGCGGCACUCCAGGCAGAUCAGCUGCGUGAUGAGCGGCGCGCCGCGAUGCGCGCGGAGCUGGAGCGGCGGGCCAUGACACGCAAGCAGAAGGAGAAGGCGUCCAACAUCAUCAACAUGAUAUUCAGCCAGAAGAGCAUCGCUGGCAAGGCCGCAGCUGGUGCUGCUGCGGGGUCUGACGGCAUUGGCAGUGGCGAGGAGGGCCUCGCGGCGGCCACCGCGCCGGCGCUGGCGGCAGCUCCUGGUGGCGUGAGCUUGGGCCGUGCAAAAUGGAACCGCCUCACCAAGAAUGUGGAUCUUGCCAAAGAGCAGCUGGAGCAGCAGUCGUUCGGCGACACGCUGCUGGACAGCGACAGCGACAGCGACCUGUCCGACAUGGGCGCAGAGGACGUGGCGCUGGUCAAGAUGCGCGCACGCACGCCGCCCUGGCAGAAGGUCGAGCAGAGCCAGUGGGAGGGACAGUGGGCCAAGCUCAACAAGCGCACUCACCGCGGCGCGUUAGAUGUGCUCUGGGACCUGGAGGAGAGCGGCCGCCGAGUGCAGGCCGUCAAGCAGCGGCGCGCGGACCGGUCAGGAGCGGUCGGCAGUGGAACGGCGGCAGCCGCUGCCCCCGGCGGGCUCGACAGCGCUGGCAACCCAAGGCCUUAUAACCCAGCAACGGAGCCGUUGCCGGCCGAGGUGGUGAGCGAGCUGCUGGUGCACCGCUACAUCGACAAGUACACCAGGAUGGGGCUGUUGGACCACCUGCCCCUGCGCGGCGCAGCGGAGGCGGCGCUCGCUAAGCAAGAGCAACAGCAGCGUGAGGCGGCGGCACGCGCAGCGGAGGAUCGGCAGAGGCGGCAGCGGGAGGCGGCGGACCGGGAGGCGGCAGAGCGGGAAGCGGCAGAGCGGGAGGUGGCAGAGCGGGAAGCGGCUGAAGUGGCCGCGGCAGGCGCAGGUGCAGGUGGGGGCGCGGUGAUGGUUGUGCCCGGGGUCGAGCUUGGUGCGCGCUGAUUACGCUGCGCUUAUUAUCGUUGAACUGGCAGCCGGGUACGGUGUGUUUCGGACUAAUGAGCGAAGUGAAGCAGCGGACAGUGGUUGGGUCAAUUGGCACAUAUACGUGGCAACAACUGUAUCAAUCAAAGCAUUGUGGGUGGCCGCUGCGGUUUGCCAGGCGCACACAGGGGCGGUUAGUGGCGACAGGUAGGGUGUGGCAGGCCGCGUUCGGGCCGCGUGCAGUUCCCUACGAAUGCUGCCAGCCCGGAUGCCCCAUACUACUAGGGGACACCCGGGGCGAGGGCGGGAGGGCGAUGACGUUAUGUGGGGGCUACAGACGGGUGGGGUAGGCGCCAAUCGAAGACGGUAGGUGGGGCGUCAAUGGGGUGCAGAGGGAACCGGCCGGGGGCGGGGUGGAAAGUCAUGUGGGUGUACUGGGGAUGCGGGAGGUAUGAAGUGGUGCGAAAGGUAGCAAGUGGUGCGGAAGGGGCAGAAGGUAUGAAGUGGUGCGGAGCUGCGAUUAUUGCAAUAUGUCCUGUGUUUGCGGUCUGUUCGGCGGCGGGGGCAAGCUGGCGGAGGAAGUGGUUAAGCGUGCCCCAGUCGACGGCGUCAGGGGCGGUGUGCCGACUGGAGGCCGGUGAAGGUGUGUCCGUCCAACCCGGGUUCACUCGGGGCGUGCCCAUACACGCUGCACCGUCCAAAGACCAAACCUUGCCUAAUGCUUAUAAAUGACAAUUAUAUGUUAUGACUUGUUGUUUUAAGCCC